CUUCCUUUCAACUAUUUUUCUUCUAGAUUUUUUAAAUACGUCCCUAAUCAACUUGUAAGCAUGUAUUUAACGCGUGAAGGGUUACCUGAAGGAUGGGUCGCCCAAUGGGAUUCUCAGUACAAGUGCUACUUUUACGUGAAUGAAAAAUCUGAAAAUCCUACGCCUCAAUGGGAAUGUCCUGUUCAAGGAUUAAAUCUUCCUCCACCUUCUUCUUCUCCAAAGGAAACCCCUACUGGAGAGCGUGGAUUGUUAGAUAAACUCCGACCAAAUCAUCACAGCCAACCAACAUAUACCCAAAAUAAUAAUCAGCAUUCAUCUUCUGGACUGUUUUCGAACCCUCUAGUUAACAAGGUAGGUGGCUUCGUGGCGGGUGGUUUGGCUGCUAAGGCUCUAGAAAGCGUUAUGAAACACCAUCAUAGUGAUGAUCAUCGCCCUCAGCAGGGUGCUGUUCCUUCGGCUGUUGGUAGUGGUAAUGGUGCAAACUUCUUGUCUAAUAUGGAGCGACCCAACGACUCUCUUUCUGGGAAACCUAGUUCCGGCUUUGGCGCAGGAGGUCCUGCUAACUUUCAGGAAGGAUUUGGCGGUCACGGCCAUCAUGGGCAUCAUGGUGGGUUUGGUGCUCCUGAAGGUCCUGGUGGAUUCGGUGGUUCUGGUGGAUUCGAUGGUCCUGGUAGAUUCGAUGGUCCCGGUGGAUUCAAUAGUCCUGGUAGAUUCGAUAGUCCUGGUGGAUUCGGUGGUCCUGGUGGAUUCGAUGGUCCCGGUGGAUUCAAUAGUUAUGGAAAUGAUAUGGGGCGUUUCGGCGGUCCCGGUGGUUUUGAUGGAGGUCGUCGUUCUGAUUGGUAA